AUGCAAGCGGCCAGACCUGCCAUGUUCUGGGAUGCAGCCCUUCUCUCAUCGAGAUCGCGGAAAGUCUUGGGUUGCCAUCGCUUCCGGACCCAGCUGCGAAGGUGCGCUGUCGGGUUGAUUCUUGCCAUAUCACUUCAACAUCUACAGGCCGAGACAUUUUCGGCGCCAGGACAAGGUGCUCCAGUCAAUGCCUUGUUGGACAGGAAACGGGACCUCAACCACGUUUUCAAGCCAAGGCAAAUCUACACCCGCACCUCAAGGGGUGCCAGUGAAAGCAUUGCUGAGGUACAGGAGGUCAAACUGAGCUCAGUUACGCAAUCAACAGUGAAUCUCGUGAAAAACAUUGUUGGAGCUGGAAUGCUCUCGCUGCCGCACGGUGUAGCAGCCUUCAGCGCAAGCUCAGAGGCUGUGGUGCCGUCGUUGAUUCUGACUUUCCUUGCAGCAGUGUUCAGUGCGUACGGUUUUGUUUUGAUUGCCCAAGCUUGCGAGGCAACAGGCGAAAGCACGUACACCAGGGUUUGGGCCCGCAGCGUAUCUGAGAGCACCAAGAUGCUACCUGCAGCUGCUUGCCUCGCAAAGGCAGCCAUUGGAUGCAUCUCCUUUUCCAUGAUUCUGGGCGACUGCAUAUCCUUGAUGCUAGCUCCAAUGAAUCUGCCUACAGUGGUAGCCAGCAGAGAUGCUGUGAUCUUCCUGAUUACAGCAACGGUGCUGUUUCCGCUUUGCAGCAUGAAGUCGCUGGCGCCGCUGGCAAAGUUUUCGCUGUUGGGUGUGUUGAGCAACUUCUACAUAUGCACUUUCGUGGUUUUACGUUGUGUGGAUGGCUCCUAUCGCAAGGGCAGUGCUCUGCUGGCUGCAGCUCCAGCUGCCCCAAAGUUCACAGCGGCAUCAGGUGCCUGGCAAACAAUGAUGAGCCCAGGUCUCAGCGUUUUGUUGAGUAUCUUGGCCACAGCGUUUCUGGCGCACUACAAUGCGCCCCUAUUCUUAGAGCAGCUGGCUCCCGAUCCUAAGACCGGCAAGAAGGACAAGCGCUUUGUCAUCAUGUCAGUCCUGGGUUUUUGCACGGCAGGCCUCAUCUUCAGCCUAGUCAUGGUUGGAGGUUUCCUGACCUUUGGUAGCUCCUGCAUGGGCCUCAUCCUCAACAACUAUGCUGCGACGGACAGUCUUGCACUCUUUGCUCGAGCAGCAAUCGUGUUGUCCCUGGUCACAGCCUACCCGCUGGUUUUCUUCAGCUUGCGCAAGCAGGUCUUGGAGAUUCUCGGAAGCCAAGGGGCCGAUAUGGCUGAGAAAAGGCCGAGGGCGAUGACUGUCGUCUUACUGGCAGGUGUUACGGCUGUGGCUUUGAAGCUGCGAAAUCUGGGAGUCGUUGCUGCGCUGGCCGGGGCCAGUCUGGGCACGUUUCUCGUGUACGUCGCCCCCGCGCUGAUGGUGAUGGGAGCCCAGCGUCGUGGGCUGGCCGCGCGCCCCGAGGCAAAGAGUGCCCAGCACGAGCAUGGCAACUGUGUGCGGAGCUUGGUUCAGCAAGAUAAGACUGCAGCUGCGCAGCAGGUUGAUGGCAUUCAGGAUCCCAUUGGGUACAAGCUGACGAUGGACGACAGCGGCAGUGCUGCCGGAAAGAACAAAUCGAAGACAGCAAAUCAGGAAUUGCUAGAGAAGAAGGCAUGGGAAGUUGCUGUUGCACCCAUCCAGUCUGUAGGCAUGAACCUGUUCAUGCUGUGGAUGAGCGGUUCAUCUCCGGGAAUCUUCACGGUAAUGAUCUUAGGGUAUUGCCUGACAUCGAUUGUCGGGCAGUUCACCAAAGCAAAUGCUGCCUUCCAGAACUUCAAGACGAUCGACACAACUUUGCAGUGGCUCGCCUACCUGGCACUCUGCUCUGUGUCGUUGGCCUACCUCUUGUACCACAUGGCCGGGAUGGGCCUGCUGCCAAACUCUUCGGGCGACUGGAUAGCUCUGAUCCCGAAUGUGGAGGUUGUCGAAACAGCAGGAGGGGUGUUGAAGUGA